ACCCCCAUGAUCUCGGCGCAAAUGGAGUUUGGAAAGGGUCGAUACGAAUCCAUUCUCUUUCUCUUUUUAUUCCCCCUCAAGAUACGAGUCCAUUCUGAACCAAGAAAUGUGUGACGAAUCGCCAAUCGAUUCAUAGCUAGCUAGGAGUUCGCACAAAAACGUGCGAGCGUUUAAUUUCUUGGUGCGGAGGACAGGAUGAGCAUGGGAGCCAGCGCCGCCGUCGGCGUCGCCGAGAACGGCCCAGCCCCCGGACCCGGAGAGCGCAAGCAUCCGCCGUCUGCGGCGCUGCCCAACGCCGCCGUGGCCGCCGUGUGCGUCUCGUCGCUGCUGUUCAGGGCGCGCUGGCGCUGCAGGUGCUGCGGCGGCGGCGCGCCGCGGCCGACGAGGAGCCGGCGGCGUACCUCUCCGCCGUCGUCGUGUGGAGGCUGGCGGCGCUCGUCUGCGCGUACCUCUUCUCCUGGACCGUCGCGCUCUCGCCGGCGCCGAGGGCCGCGCUCGCGGACUCGCUCGUGCGCGCCUCGUACCUGCGGCUCCUCGCCGCCGCCGCCGCCGAGCACGCCGGCCCCGCCGCGGGCGCGGCGACGAUGUUCCUCGCCGCGGCCUACUCCGCGGCGGCGACGGGGCGCGCCCUCGCCCAGCGCCGUCUGGCUGGCGCCAGGGCCGCGCCGUCCGCGGCGUCCACCCUGCGCGCGGGCCUCGUGCUCGCGGGGGUCUUCAUCGCUACCGCGCUCACCGCGCUCCUGUCGCUGGUCGCUCGUGACGUGGCCGACGCCGGAGGCCCCGCGCCGACGGAGGUCUCGCCGGAGGCGCUCGCGCUGGGCCGGAUCAUGGUCAUCGCCGGGCCGGUCGUCCUGGUCGCGGCGGCGGCGGUGCUGCACCGCCUGCCCGGAUGCCCUGUCCGCGACACGGGCGCGGCCACCAUGCCUGCUUUCUUCUGCUGGCUCGGGGCCCACGGAUUCGUCCUCGUCUCGUUCGGCGAGGCCGCCAUGGUGGUCGUCAUCUGGGUCGGCGGCAUGGCCAUGGCCGGGCUCUUGGGAUACUGCCUCGCCGUGCACACGCGCUACGAGCAGCAGCUCUUCGCCAUCCGAAGGUACAGGACGCCUCCGGCUUCGGAGGCGACAUCGCGACCAGGAGCACGCUGACCCAGCUCACAUCUAGGCGCCCACCGGCCCGGGGUAUCCAACGAGGCUUCAUCAUGUGUUCCGUGACCCGCUGAUGUGAUAUUUUGCCACUUGCAAGUUUAUGGACCAACGGUGUAUUUUAUUCUUCACGAAACCCUAUUGGUAUCGGAGAUUUGCCCCAUCAAAGUAGAAGGCCUUAUCGGUGGUCGAUUGCGAUCUAGCAGCCUAUGCUGGCAAGUUACAAUUUUUUUUUUAAAAAUUAUUUACCUUCUCAGCUAUCGUCUCUCUCAACUAUUUGUUGGAAUCUGAUCUCCCUCUCCCUCAUUUGUAAUACUAGAAUCGAAAUUUCCUCCAACCACAAAAAAUAGUUGUUUUUAUCUCGAAAA